GAGCAGUGGGACUGAUGCUAGUCUCUCGUUUUAAUUGCAGGAUCUUGUUUCAAUCGCUGUCGUCAGAGGGACGCACGACACCGCCAGUCACACUUUUACAUUGCAUUGAAGAUAUCGAUUGUCAAUCGAAAGCAAGAUUUUAAAUAUAAACAGCCGAGAUCGACCAAAGAAAACAAAUCUUCGUGUCGUUUUUUUUUUCCAAAAAAGCUGGGACCGCCUUAAACCCGUACAAACGGGGGGUGAUCAAACUUAUCAUAGCUAUUGAAGCAACCAGCCUGUGACCUUCACGUCGUCUAUUAUCGCGACAUUUUACGGGAUUUUUUUCUUGGGUGAAGUGACAAAGUCACUUGGCCGUUUUCCUUGACUGGAUUGCAAAUAUGAUGAUGUCACCGACGCCACUUUUUCCUGAAGUUAUGGCGGAGCACAACUUUCCCAAGUUCUCUUGACCAUUGAAAGCACUUGGCUUUACUGAUGGAGCACUUUCAGGGAGCUUGGAAGACCCUGAGCAACGGCUUUGGAAUGAAGGACUCUGCCUUCGAGGGCCCGUGCCUCUCACCAACUGUGAUCCAGGGAUUUCCCUGCCAGCGUCGCUCCUCAGAUGACAGCAAAAUACCCGACUCGAAGACUAGCAGCACCAUCCGUGUCUACCUCCCAAACCAGCAGCGCACUGUGGUAAAUGUACGACCAGGUAUGACUCUGCAGAGUUGCCUGAUUAAAGCCUUAACGGUGCGAGGCCUGCAGCCUCAGUGUUGUGCUGUUUUCAGACUCCAUCCGGGGCAAAGAAGUAAAAAACUACGGAUGGACUGGAAUACAGACUCAACCUCGCUGAUUGGUGAGGAGUUGCUGGUGGAAGUUUUAGAUCAUGUUCCUCUUACCACACAUAAUUUUGUCCGGAAAACAUAUCUGAAGCUAGCGUUCUGUGACAUUUGCCAGAAGUUUCUAUUGAACGGUUUUCGUUGCCAAACAUGUGGCUACAAGUUCCAUGAACACUGCAGUACCAAAGUACCCACAAUGUGUGUAGACUGGAGCAAUAUUCGACAACUCCUUUUGUGUCCGAAUCCUGGUGAGAGCGUUGCCCCGUCGCUUCCCCCGUUAACAUCUCGGCGAAUGAGGGAAUCAUUAACUCGCUUUCCGAGCUCUGCCCAUCGAUAUUCAACGCCACAUGCCUUCAACUACGCCACACCCUACUCACCCACAGGCGGUGGUCUGUCCCAGAGACAACGCUCCACUUCAACACCAAACGUCCAUAUGGUUAGCACAGCCCUGCCUGUGGAUGGAAGUAUGAUUGAGCUAGACUGCCUGAAUACCUUCCCCACAUCCUGGUGUCAUAGAUUCUGGCUGAAGAGGAAAGUAGGUAAUGUCCACUUCUCCCAGUCUUUUGUUGAGACCUCAUCCGAGAGUCCCGAAAAGGAUGCAAUGCAAGAUCACGACUCUGCUAGGAGCUCACCCAGCCAGAGUCCAACAGGAUGGUCCCAAUUGCAAGCCAAAACCCCUGCACCUGCCCACCGAGAGAGGGCUACAUCCUUCAAUACUCAGGAGAAGAAUAAAAUUAGGCCUCGGGAAAAGCGGGAUUCUAGUUACUACUGGGAGAUUGAAGCCAGUGAGGUGUAUCUUCAGUCCCGCAUUGGUUCAGGCUCGUUUGGAACUGUAUACAAAGGGAAAUGGCAUGGUGAUGUAGCAGUAAAGAUUUUAAAGGUGACCAAUCCAACCCCAGAACAGUUACAGGCAUUUAGAAAUGAAGUAGCUGUUUUACGAAAAACAAGACAUGUCAACAUCCUAUUGUUUAUGGGCUACAUGACAAAGGACAACCUGGCCAUUGUGGCCCAGUGGUGCGAAGGCAGCAGCCUCUACAAACACAUUCAUGUCGUGGAGACAAACUUCAAGAUGAUCCAGCUCAUAGACAUCUCCAGACAGACGGCACAGGGCAUGGACUAUCUACAUGCAAAGAACAUCAUUCAUCGUGACAUGAAAUCCAACAACAUCUUUUUGCAUGAAGGGCUCACGGUGAAAAUUGGCGACUUUGGUCUCGCAACGGUAAAGGCCAGGUGGAGCGGCUCGCAUCAGGUGGAGCAACCUUCUGGGUCUAUUCUCUGGAUGGCUCCUGAAGUCAUACGGAUGCAGGAUAACAAUCCCUACAGUUUCCAAUCUGAUGUCUAUUCCUAUGGAAUUGUGCUUUUCGAGCUCAUGACAGGAGAGCUUCCGUACUCCCAGAUAGCUAACAGAGAUCAGAUCAUCUUCAUGGUGGGACGGGGCUAUCUGUCACCUGAUCUCAGUAAACUCUACAAGAACUGUCCCAAAGCCAUGAAGAGGUUGGUCGCUGACUGCAUUAAGAAAUCAAAGGAUGAAAGGCCUCUCUUCCCACAGAUCCUGUCCUCUAUCGAGCUUCUUCAACACGCCUUGCCUAAGAUAAACCACAGUGCCUCAGAACCUUCUCUGCACAGAGCCUCUCAUACCGAGGAUAUCAACGCUUGUACUCUGACCUCCACCAGACUGCCUGUUUUUUAAAAACUACACAUCUCCGUCCUUUACUGUCCCACCAAUGUCCCUCUCCUUGGAACCAAUCAGUGCAAUGCUCACUACACUGAGUACCACAAAAUAUACAGUGGGGCAGAUAAGUAUUUAGUCAACCACUAAUUAUGCAACUUCUCCUACUUGAAAGAUUAGAGAGGCCUGUAAUUGUCAACAUGGGAAAACCUCAACCAUGGGAGACAUAAUGUGAAAAAAACCCCAGAAAAUCACAUUUUUUGAUUUUUUUUAAAGAAUUUAUUUCCAAAUUAGAGUGGGAAAAUAAGUAUUUGGUCACCUACAAACAAGCAAGAUUUUUGGCUGUCAAAAAGGUCUGACUUCUUCUGACGAGGGUCCACUCGUUACCUGUAUUAAUGGCACCUGUUUUGACUCAUUAUCGGUAUAAAAGACACCUGUCCACAAUCUCAGUCAGUCACACUCCAAACUCCACUAUGGCCAAGACCAAAGAGCUGUCGAAGGACACCAGAGACAAAAUUUUAGACCUGCACCAGGCUGGGAAGACUGAAUCUUCAAUAAGUAAAACGCUUGGUGUAAAGAAAUCAACUGUGGGAGUAGUUAUUAGAAAAUGUAAGACAUACAAGACCACUGAUAAUCUCCCUCGAUCUAUCGCUCCAUGCAAGAUCUUUACCCGUGGCGUCAAAAUGAUAACAAGAACGGUGAGCAAAAAUCCCAGAACCACACGGGGGGACUUAGUGAAUGACCUACAGAGAGAUUGGACCACAGUAACAAAGGCUACUAUCAGUAACACAAUGCGCCGCCAGGGACUCAAAUCCUGCACUGCCAGAUGUGUCCCCCUGCUGAAGAAAGUAUACGUCCAGGCCCGGCUGCGGUGCGCUAGAGAGCAUUUGGAUGAUCCAGAAGAGGACUGGGAGAAUGUCUUAUGGUCAGAUGAAACCAAAAUAAAAGUUUUUGGUAGAAACACACGUUCUUGUGUUUGGAGGAGAAAGAAUACUGAAUUGCAUCCGAAGAACACCAUACCCACUGUGAGGCAUGGGGGUGGAAACAUCAUGCUUUGGGGCUGUUUUUCUGCAAAGGGACCAGGACGACUGAUCUGUGUAAAGGAAAAAAUGAAUGGCGCCAUGUAUCGAGAGAUUUUGAGUGAAAAUCUCCUUCCAUCAGCAAGGGCAUUGAAGAUGAGACGUGGCUGGGUCUUUCAGCAUGACAAUGAUCCCAAACACACAGCCAGGGCAACAAAGUAGUGGCUUUGUAAGAAGCAUUUCAAGGUCCUGGAGUGGCCCAGCCAGUCUCCAGAUCUCAACCCCAUAGAAAAUCUGCAGAGGGAGUUGAAAGUCCGUGUUGCCCAACGACAGCCCCAAAACAUCACUGCUCUAGAGGAGAUCUGUAUGGAGGAAUGGGCCAAAAUACCAGAAACAGUGUCUGAAAAGCUUGUGAAGAGUUACAGAAAACAUUUGGCCUCCAUUAUUGCCAACAAAGGGUACAUAACAAAAUAUUGAGAUGAACUUUUGGUAUUGACCAAAUACUUAUUUUCCACCAUGAUUUGCAAAUAAAUUCUUUAAAAAUCAAACAAUGUGAUUUUCUGGUUUUUUUUCCCCACAUUCUGUUUCUCACGGUUGAGGUUUACCCAUGUUGACAAUUACAGGCCUCUCUAAUAUUUUCAAGUGGGAGGACUUGCACAAUUAAUGAUUGACUAAAUACUUAUUUGCCCCACUGUACAAUUCUUGAAAACAUUGUUAAUCAAUAUGAUAGGAUAGCAUUGAAAGCUUUUACAAAUUUAUGAAAAGGGUAGAAGCACAGCCUACCCUAUGGCUGCACGAUAGCUGUAUGCAAGUGCCUCUUUGUAAAUAUAUGCACGCGUAUUUACCUAAAAUGACAAAUGGACAUUGAAGGAAGCUCAAUAGUGUUGCAUUUUCACCUGCAAAAAUGUAUGUUUUUUUUGUUUGUUUUUUUUUUAACUGUUUUUGUUUUCUCAUUGUUUUUGAAAGAUAAUGGAGUAGGUAUGGGAAAUGUUUUUUUUUUUUUUUUUUUUUUUGUCUUGGUCAUCUUUUGUUUGUAUUCAUUUAAUUUACAAGUCACACUGACGCGACUAAAGCCUGUCAAUGAGCACAGGUAACGAUGGAAGGUGAUGAGUUUGCACAUUAUGGCAAAAGCAGUUGGUUCCUUUGACAUGCUCGACAACAGAUUCUCAUCUGUCCACAUGUUCUUGCCACUUGCUGCAAGAGCUGGACAUUUUGAAUAUUUGAAGUGAUUUGGAAACUAAUUUGUCUAUUAUGUCUUAUUCAGCAGGUCAAUGUUUUAAUGUCAACUUGGAAAGAAAGAUGUCUUCCCUAUUUUAAUAAAAUUAAGUUAAAUUCUUUACCAAACAUUUUUUUUUUUUUUUUUAAUAUGUGUAUUUUAAAAGGUAAUGAAUUCAGCAGUUUUCUUGUUCACUAAAGUUAAAUCCCACAUGUUCUUGUUAAGUCUUGGUGGUGCAGUGUGAUGUUUACUGUGGCGCUAGCAAAGUGGUGUAACCUCAACGGAAUCCAAUUCGGACACGAGGGAUUCAACUUGAUGGAACAACAAAAAACCCCACCAGGGAGACACGUGGUGGAAAUACAGGAGUUUUGUUUUUGUGUAAACAUCCAACACUAGUGCGAAUUUUACUGUCAUUAAGUAGCUGCAUUGAUUGUUUGGACAGUGAGAGACAACCACUUGAAAAAAAAAAUGAUUUAAACUAGGGGUGUGACAAAAUAUCGAAAUGGUGACAUAUCGUGAUUAGGGCUGUCAAAUGAUUAAAAUUUUUAAUCGAGUUAAUCACAGCUUAAAAAUUAAUUAAUCGUAAUUAGAGAUGUCCCGAUCGAUCAGGUCAUCACGUAAUUUUCAAAUUAUCGGAAUUGGCAAAAAAAUAUCGGACUUGCCUUUUUUUAAUAUAUAUAUAUAUAUAUAUAUAUUUAAAUUAAAUCGUUUUCUAAUUGUAUUUAACGUUACAGACAAAAUGUCUUACACUCAUCCAGAGUCUUUAGUUUUGGUUUAAAGAUUGGUUCAUAAUAACAACAAACAUUCUCCCUUGCCAUUUAUUGUGGCACUCACAAAGUGUGGCACCGAAAAAAACUGUUUAUUUAACAUGUUUAUUGUUUACAUAUUUUAUGGCACAGUGCUGAUAAGCUUUGUUUUGAUCCAAAGCAGUGGGACAAUGUCAUGUUGGACAAUAAAAUAAGAUACUUGGAGCAAUUGAAUUGAGUUUUAAUCAUUUUUUUUCUUAAUGCAUUGCCAAAAUGUAUAUGAUCGGGAAAAAUUAUCGGGAAUGAUUGGAAUUGAAACGGGAGCAAAAAAAGCAAUCGGAUCGGGAAAUAUCGGGAUCGGCAGAUACUCAAACUAAAACGAUCGGGAUCGGAUCGGGAGCAAAAAAACAUGAUCGGAACAACCCUAAUCGUAAUUAAUCGCAAUUCAAACCAUCUAUAAAAUAUGCCAUAUUUUUCUAUAAAUUAUUGUUGGAAUGGAAAGAUAAGACACAAGAUGGAUAUAUACAUUCAACAUACGGUACAUAAGUACUGUAUUUGUUUAUUAUAACAAUAAAUCAAGAUGGCAUU